AUGCGCAUGGGCCCAUCCAGCCAAGUGCGGGGUGUCUUGGGAUUGAGGAUUUCCGUUCGACCAGCCGAAGUUGUGGUGGCUGCGGUUGAGGGCCUAGCGGAGCUCCAACGCCCAUUGCACACGGGCUUUGCCACGCCCACCCAGUCGACGGAUCUAAGUUCCCCCAGUCGAGUAUCCUUAAGAGGAAAGGAUGCGCCAGAAGCUGCUACAGAGCAAGGAGAUGUCUCAAAGUCUGGGGUGCGAUUCUGGCGCCCACGACAUGAACUCAAUCGUCAGAAGCUGAUGAAGGUGAGACCCAUGUCCUUGCAGCCCAUCGAUCUGGAUCAGGAUGCACCUCUGCCCGGUGAAGGCCUGCACAAAGUGCGACUUCAGAGCUUCCGUCCACAGGUUGGCAUUUGUGCUGCCGACUUGGGGGACGUCUCCUGGACACUCAACAUUUCGCUGGGCCACCAAGAUGGGAUCCGAUCCACGUGUCUACGGGCAGGAAGAUCGGAGCAGUUUGAGGCAUUUGGAGAUGGCAGUGGACAAGUUGUCUCCAAGAUCUUGGAAACCGGUGUUCGUUUGCUGCUUCGGCGCUACGACAUGGUACGAGUCAAGGUGCAAAGCAGGUGGGAUCAGCUGAUUCGAGGCCGAGUGGAAGCAGUGGAACUUUCUGGAAAGCAUUGGUGUACCAAAUUGCGGCUGCGGGCACGCAGCUUGGUGGUCAGUGCCAGCAGUGCAGCCUUGGAUUAUGGGGAACUUUUACAAGGCCGCGUCACCCUCACUGAGGUGGCCAAAGGGUCGGCUGAAGCGAUCUUUGAUGCGCAGGAAUUUGGGGACUUUCUGAUCUACCCCCAGGUGUCUGAGGCCGCGCCCGUCGUGUCGGGCGCCAAAGUUCUCUUCUCCGAACGGGCUGUGGAGAUCGAUAGCAGCGCAGAACAGCUGACUUUUCAGGGCAGACACGCUGGCCAAGCCUUUCGUGCAAGGCUGACAUGUGGGGAUGGAGGAAAAAGACCAAAGGUGUCCUUGCACUCCGAUGCCCGGCUUGCCGAGGCAACAAAAAUGGAACUGGAGACAGCGCUGGAAACCUUCUUUUCGAAGCUCAAAAUCGACCUGGCUGGGGUCCUUUUGCGCUUCCAUCGCCUGAACUUUCCGCGGAGCAGCGCUGGAACUGUGGCGGUGCUGCUGACGGUGCGGGCAUUGGUGGGCUGGAUCUCACCGGGACAGAACGAAUGGGGAUUUCACACUGAGGUGACUGAGGUUGUUAUGGCUUGUCUAUCUAUCUGGUCAGAUCAUAGAUUCACCAACCCCCGGGAUGAUUCCCAAUCCGGCCAAGAAUCGAUGGUAAUGAUUUUUUGGACUGGCUAAGCCAAGUGUAUAACGCAUAGAUCAGCGGCAGUCCGAUUUGGUGACAGACACUGUCUCGAUGGAAGGGAAUGACUUCAGGCCACGCCUUUCAUCUUGAUAGGAUCAACCACACGGGGAGCGUUUCUGAACCGUCUUAAGGGAUGGACCAAAG